AUGUCCUUUUUAACAGCAUUACCAAAUUACCUUGCUAACAGUGUGAACAAUUACUUCUACUCUCCUCGGCCUGCCAAUAGUGAUACACAUGAAGAAGUAUCUACCGGAACACAUCCUACGGCCACCACAAGUGGGAGUCAUACAGAUCCUGAGGCACACACUACCUCUGGACACAGUUCUAUGCCAAUGAUGAUGAUUCACGAUCACCCUCAAAGUGGAGGUGUUGCGCUGGCAUCUGGUUCUCCUAUGGCUACAAACAUCACUUCAAAUGCAACAACUACACGCACACGUCAUCGUUCGCCUCAGGGGGGGUGGUGUACUCCUUGCCGAGCAUGCACCAUUUUCUUGGGUGUGUUCAUCACAGUUGUCACGGUCAGUCUGGUAUACGUGAAGAAAGCCGAUGACAAACACUGGGAUAAUUGGCGCAAGACCUUCACCUGUGAUUUAGGUCCUAUCAAUCAGCUUCAAACACUCACACAGUCCAAAAUAGAUGCAGGGGGUAAUACCACAGCUUAUGAUACAUUCGAAAGAUUUGUUCAAUGCGCCACACCUCCACUGAGAGAGUCAACCGAUGCAAAACAACCUCCCAGUUUUUGGGAUGUGGAAUCUUGGAUCCCCCAAAAAUACCCCUUCAUUGGAAUGGAUAAUGACACAGCCUACGUGAUCGUCGAGGCUUCCAUAGAUCAACUAAAGGGCCAAGGUAUGAAGACGGGUAAGACAUAUAAGCGAAAUGAAGCGUCUGGGAUGGUGACGGUGAACACCCCUACAAAGUUGAUUGGUUAUACUGUUGGAAAUGAACCGUUCAAUGAUCCAAAUAUAGGCCUUGUGGGGACUUUGUUCCAUCGUCCGAACGAGACGUUAGGAUGA